AUGGCCCUCAACCGCACUUUUACGUUGAACACCGGUGCUAAGAUCCCCGCCGUGGGGUUCGGCACAUGGCAAGCGGCGCCCCAUGAGGUCGAGGAUGCGGUCGAAGUUGCGCUCAAGGCCGGGUACAGGCAUCUGGACUGCGCAGCCAUUUAUCGGAAUGAGGCAGAGGUCGGCCGGGGUAUUCAGAAGAGCGGCGUCGACCGCAAGGACAUCUUCAUCACCACCAAGUUAUGGAAUACCAAGCACGAUCCCAAAGAUGUCGAGCCGGCGCUGGACAAGUCUCUGAAGGAUCUCGGUGUGGAUUACGUCGACUUAUAUCUAAUUCACUGGCCUGUCGCUUUUGUGCCCGGUGACCGCUGGUUUCCCCUGGACUCCAACGGCGUCUUCCAGCUGGCCGACAUUCCCAUCAUUGAAACCUGGAAAGCCAUGGAAGCGCUGCUCAAGACCGGCAAGACACGCGCCAUUGGUGUGUCGAACUUCAACAUUCGGCGGCUCAAGGAGCUGCUUGCGCAAUCCUCCGUGGUCCCAGCAGUGAACCAGAUUGAGGCGCAUCCAUACCUCCAGCAACCGGACCUCCUGGAAUUUUGCAAACAACACGGCAUUCUGAUCGAAGCUUACAGCCCUCUUGGCAACAACAUCACGGGUGAACCCAAAGUUAUUGAUGACCCAGAAGUCCAGGAGAUCGCCAAAUCGGUGGGUUUGGAUCCUGGUCAGCUGCUCAUCAGCUGGGCCGUCCAGCGAGGUACGGUGGCACUGCCCAAGAGCGUUACGAAGAACAGAAUCAUCAGCAACUUCCAGGAUGCCGUUCUGCCGGAAGAAGUGAUGAAAAAACUAAAUGCUCUCGAGAGGCACAAGAGAUUCAAUUUCCCGGGAAGAUGGGGUUGUGAUAUCUUUGACGAGAUAGGGGAGGAAGAAGCUCGGAGAAUAGCCAAGGAGUCCGCACCUGAUAACUUGAAAAAGUUUACCGUCUAA